AUGCCUGCUAAAUUUCGACUUUCAGAAGAAGCCAAAUAUGCCUCGCUUGGACAUUCCGCACCCAUUGAUCCUCCCUCUCUACCCGAGCGCCUUUAUGGGUCCAUCCUAUCGCUUCGUCAUAUCUGGCGAGAAGUCUUGAUAGUUUGUCUUAGCAUCCUUUGUACAGGACUCUUAGUAAACCGUAUCUUGUCUCCGCUGGAUGGUAGAACUACCGAGGCUAAUCCAGAAUACGAUACGAACUCAGACCAUGACCAUUGGAUUCAAUUCCAAUGGACGACAGGAAUCUAUAGCUCUUCGAAGCCCGAAGAUUUCGACGCCGUGAAUAAGGCCUGGGAGGAAGUCAUCCCAGCGUACGGCUUCGUCGCGGUUGAUCACGGGUGGGCUGUGGAGAACCACCUCCCAGCGAGCAUGAGUCUUCCAUCAGAUUCUUCGAAGGGAGUGUACAUUCUUGAUGCGUACCACCAGAUUCACUGCCUCACGAUAAUCCGCCGGACACUCUUGGAGAUCCGAUUAGGAAUGCCCCCCAAACUUCCCCUUCAACAUUCUUGGCACUGCUUCGACAGCCUGUUGCAGUAUAUUGUAUGUGGAACAUCUGGAGAUACACUUCUCUACACAUGGGGACGCAAUCAAACUGGUGAUGGACAGGCUCGGAAAUGUCUCGAUUGGAGGAGUCGGAGAGAGUGGGUUCGUCAGAGAACGGCUUGUUAUAAGGAUAGUCAGCAGCCCAUUCGACUAGUUGAUCAUUUUACGAGGUGCGAAGAUGGUGAAAUGGAGAUUGGGGAUGGGAUUAGGUUGAGUGUUUGA